AUGAUAGUGGCUCUGGACAAAUAUGGCGACGAGAGAUUGUAAGUAGAGUUUUGGUUUAGUCUUUAGUUCUGUAUAAUGAAGCCUCUAUACAGCCAGUUACGGACGAGGGACACGUUUUCUAUGACAAGUUUUCAUGUGACAAGUUUUAUUUGCUCCUCUGUAAAGGCAACUUUGCCAUGUUUUACUAUGACAAGAGUAUACUUGCUGAAAACCUAGUAUGCUAGCUUCAAUAAGUGCAUAGAAUAACCAAACCUUUUCGAUAUAAUUACAUGAAUAUGUUCUUGGCCUGGGAGCUUCAUUUUCAUGAAUCGUGAGCCAAUCACAUUCGGGUCUUGAUUCAUGAGAACGAGGCUCCCAGGCCACUGAACGUAUUCAUGACGUAAUUAUCAAAAAGGUGUAUUGGGAAAGUGCAAAUUUUGUUCGUCUGUAUGGAUGCGUCAACAAAGAAAAUUUGGCAAAGUAAUUUGGGUACUUGCGUGCGGUUCGACAGCGAUGUUGUUCGUAGGGUUCUAUUCCCGCCCGGAGGGCGUGUACCGAUGUACCGUAUACGAAAUACAAAACAACGGCCGAAAAUGAACAUAAUAACAUUUCGAGUAUAUUUUACUAAUUUUAGUCAUUUUCAGGAAUAAUAUGAAUUCCUGAUGACGAUGUAUACGGCAGUCGAAAGCUAGAAUAUAAAAAAAUGAUCAGUUUCGGAGUUGCCGCGUUGUUUUGGCCCACAGUUGCAGUUUUCGUAACUUCUCCCAUUUAGGUGUGAAAUAUACGUUUACAAAACCUUUCCAUCUUCAAAAAGCUUGAAACUUGAUUAAAAUGUCUAUUUCUUUCAGUUGUCGACUGCAUGGCGUGCCAUUUUUUGUGGCAUUUGUCACUCCAGUUAUUUUAAUCCUCGUUGGAAAUAUCGUGGUUUUCUGCCUUGUUAUUCGGUCAUUACUUACUUCCGGUAAAAAAGUGACCUCCAGCCUCAAAGUAUCAAGCUUGCAGCAAGCUCGGCAAGGGAUUGCGAUCAUGGUACUGCUCGGGUUAACCUGGCUGUUUGGUUUUCUUGCAAUCGACGAUGCUAAACUAGCAUUUCAGUGGUUGUUUUGCAUUUUUAACUCACUUCAGGGAUUUUUGGUAUUCAUAUUAUUUUGCAUUUUGCCCGCUGGAACAAGAAAGCACCUGCGAAAACUUUGUAGCCAAAAGAGCAGUUAUCAAAUUCGGGAAGACCCAUCCACUGGCAGCACUGCCAUUGGGAAAAUGUAUUCAGUGAAUGAUCAAUGCUCUGCGUCGGGAGAUGAACUUAAAACAUUGGAUGAAGAAAGCAGUUGCUGA